AAGAAGCAAGCAGAAGGAAUUACUCCAGGAGAAACUACGGACAUACUAUUGUAAAGAUGGAGAUUAAGGAAGAACCCUGCAGAAUAAAAGAUGAAGAUACAGAGGAACAAACAAAUGAAGAUGGAAAUGCAGUCGUUUCAAAGACUGAAGAGAAUUUCACACGGAAACAAGCUGGAAAAUCUGGAGUCGAAGGAUCUUUCACCUGUUCUGAGUGUGGAAAGAGUUUCACAUAUAAAUCAAAGCUGGACAAACACAUGAUGAUUCACACUGGAGAAAGGCCUUAUACAUGCACUCAGUGUGGAAAGAGUUUCAGGUAUAAAGGACACCUAAAUGAUCACAUGAGAAUUCACACUGGAGAAAAACCGUUCACUUGCUCUCAGUGUGGAAAGAGUUUCAGUCAAAAAAGUAAUCUCAAUGACCAUUUGCACUCUCACUCUGGAGUGAGAUCAUUCAGCUGUGAUCAGUGUGAUAAAACAUUUGUUUCUGAAUCAAGCUUAAGAAAACACCUUAAAGUUCAUUCUACUGUGAAGCCUCACUUUUGUUCUGUAUGUGGAAAGAGUUUUUCACAACUUGGAUCUUUAAAAGAGCAUGAGCGUAUUCAUACUGGUGUGAGACCUUAUGUGUGCUCUGACUGUGGAAAGACCUUCUCUACAUCCAGCAACUUAAAAUCACACCAGAGAGUUCACAAUAGAGAGAAACCGUACAAGUGUUCACACUGUGGAAAGAGUUUCACUCUGUCAGGAAACCUGAAAGCUCAUGAGAGCAUUCAUACUGGAGAGAAACCGCACCAGUGCUCUUCAUGUGGGAGAAGUUUCACCAUAUUGUCUAAUCUACAGCGACAUAAGAAAAAGCAUUGUCCGAAUGUGUCUAAGUGAUCAAUGUUCAGAUCCAUGACUUGUAAAUGAUUUGAUAUUCAGAUUAAGCAAAAAAUGGAAUUACCUUAAAUAAAGUAAUUUAAUCU